AUGGCUCAACAACCGGGCGGUGUUGUUGGACAAGCAGGUCUUCGCACUGGAGUGAGUUUCUCAGCUCUGCAUCUCACACGUCCACAGGAGCAUUACGUGGAGGCAAUCCCACUAUUCGAGAGGGCCCUUUCAAUCCGUACGAGGAAGCUUGGAGGAAGCCACCCCGACACGGCCGGGACUCGGAAUGGCCUGGACGUUGUGCGACGAAAGGCUCGUUUAGAACUGGUCCGUAUUGAAGGCAACCCUCUUGCACCACUCCUUGCGCGAAGGCCUGGCACGUAG